CUCUAAGUAUAGAGGGCAAAACAAAACGUCUGCUCUUUUUACACAAUCGGUAUUUCAGACCAUGGAACACGAAAUACUAUAAAAUGUUAAGUCUAUCUUGUCCCUUGUUUGUGGUGCAACUACCUAAAUACAUGACACUGAAAUUUGAUUCUUAAAUAACGUUGAUUUUUCACCUCUAUAAAUGUGCUUUCUAAUAUUGGUUUGUAAUGCAAUUGCAAUAAAGAUAUAAGUGACUCUUCUUGACUAUUUUUCAGUAGCUUCUUUGUAAUGUGAUUUACAUUUUAAAACAGUUGAAGAAUAUAAAAGAAUUUCAGAAGUUAAGAAGUAAAAAAAUAUAUGUAUGUAUAUACCAUAGAAAAAUAUGUUGCCUUUUAAUCUUGGGACACCUGCAACAUCAAGCAAUACAAAUUUUGGAUUUGGACAAAAGCCAGCGACUGGUUUUAAUUUAAGUAAUGCAUCUUUUGGUGCAACUACAUCAGCACCUACAUUAACUUUUGGAGCUCCAUCAACAUUAGCAACAACUACUGGACUUAGCUUUGGAUUUAAUAGCACUCCUGCAGUGUCAACACAAGCACAGUCAACUGGAUCAGUUUUAGGAACAAAUGCAAAUAAUACAACUACUGCUACUGGUGUAUUUCCAACACCAACAACUUGUGCGCCAUUGUUUAGUGGACUUAAUUUCGGCGCACCUACAACUAAUAGUAAUUUAACGUUUGGUGUUGCAUCCAAUACACAAUCUACAGGAAGUAAUACUUUUUGCACUCCAAAUACAACAUCACUUUUUGGUGCAUCUGUCACCAGUGGUAGUUCAAUAGGAUCAAAAGCAAUUACUACUACUACUCCAACUGCUACUAAUAAAGGUUUGGGAGGCAUAGAUAUAUCUGCAAGUAAUAAAGGUUUUUUACAAGGAAACAGUAAUCCAGCAACUGCCAAAGAAAAUGUAUGGCCCCCUGAAUUAAUACAAACAAUAGAAAAAUUCAAGGAAUUUGUAAAAGAGCAGAAAGUAUUGUCGUCAGAUAUAGCAAGAGGAUCUGCUAGACCAUUACAUAGAUGUGCCGAAGACACAUUGUUACUGAUGGAAAUUUUAACUACAUUAGCAGGUUCUGUGCAGCGAGAUCACUCUGCAGCUGAUAAAUUAAAACAAGAUACAGCGAAAGCAUUACAAAAUGCUGAAAUAGCUCAAAGAACACACGAUACUCCACCAGGAUUACAAUAUGAAAACAAUGCACCACUAUUAUUCUUUAUGGAAUUAGCUGAUAGUUUUGAACAUGACUUAAUGCUAUUUAGGUCUCAAAUUGAAUCAACAGAGAAGCAUAUACAAACAAUGAUGACUCCAAAAACUUUAACUCCACAAGAAUUAACAAUGGCUAUGAGUAAACUUCAUGAGUCUCUAGUAGCUGUUGCUGGCAAACUACAGGGAGUUCAUUCAAAAGUACAACAACACAAAGAACAAUAUCUUAAUUUUAGAAAAUAUGUUCUAAAAGACAAUACAAAUGUGUUUGAAGAUAUUAAAGUAGACGGGAAAACAUCUCGAAGUAAUAUUGGGAAAAUUACAAGUGGUCCAACUCCAUUUGCACCAGGAAAUAAAAGUUUUCUCUCAUCAACAGCAUUGAGUUCUAACAGAUCAGGAAGUUAUGAAACACGAAAUCCAUUAGUUUGGAGAAAUACAAUACCAACAUCAUCUGCUACUAACAUUAAUCUAGGCCCAUCAUUGAAACCACCAACUGCAAGUUUGACAUUUAAUACCCCAACAAACCUUACUGCACCUUUACCAAGUGAAUCGAGUUCAAGUUUUCAACUUCAAAAACCUCCUAUAGGUAAUAAAAGAGGCAAA